GAGUGACAAGGAGGAAGCGGGGGUGUUGCCUAGGGAAGUCCGGGCGCGGCGAGGCUGGGCGGGCGCCCAGUUUCCCGCGGUCCCUGCUGGCGCGGAAGGAGGAGAGUCGCUCUUAAAGGGCCAGCCCACGCGCUUCCUUUUGUUCCGGGGCCGCAGGGCGGGGCAGGCCCAGGUUUCGCAGUCUUGUCUUCUUGUCUACUUUCCAGAUCGGCCAUGAUUUCCCAGUUCUUCAUUCUGUCCUCCAAGGGGGACCCGCUCAUCUACAAGGACUUACGCGGAGACAGUGGCGGCCGGGAUGUGGCUGAGCUCUUCUACCGGAAGCUGACGGGACUGCCUGGAGACGAGUCGCCGGUUGUCAUGCACCACGAUGACCGUCAUUUUAUUCAUAUCAGACACAGCGGCCUCUAUUUGGUGGCCACGACGUUGGAAAACGUAUCUCCCUUCAGCCUCCUGGAGCUGCUCUCCCGGUUGGCCACCCUCCUGGGCGAUUACUGUGGCUCCCUGGGUGAGGGGACCAUCUCCCGCAAUGUGGCUCUUGUCUAUGAACUACUGGAUGAAGUGUUGGACUAUGGGUAUGUACAGACCACAUCCACCGAAAUGCUGAGGAACUUCAUCCAGACCGAAGCUGUGGUCAGCAAGCCCUUCAGCCUCUUUGACCUCAGCAGUGUUGGUCUGUUUGGGGCUGAGACACAACAGAGCAAAGUGGCCCCCAGCAGUGCAGCCAGCCGCCCCGUCCUCUCCAGUCGCUCUGAGCAGAGUCAAAAGAAUGAAGUUUUUCUGGAUGUGGUUGAGAGAUUGUCUGUACUGAUCGCAUCGAAUGGCUCACUACUGAAGGUGGAUGUGCAGGGAGAGAUCCGACUCAAGAGCUUUCUUCCUAGUGGCUCUGAGAUGCGCAUUGGCUUGACAGAGGAAUUUUGUGUGGGAAAGUCAGAACUAAGAGGUUAUGGGCCAGGAAUUCGGGUUGAUGAGGUCUCAUUUCACAGCUCGGUGCUUCUGGAUGAGUUUGAGUCUCAUCGAAUCCUCCGCCUGCAACCACCUCAAGGAGAGCUGACUGUAAUGCGGUACCAACUCUCAGAUGAUCUCCCUUCCCCUCUCCCCUUCCGGCUCUUUCCCUCUGUGCAGUGGGACCGCAGCUCAGGCAGGCUCCAGAUUUAUCUGAAGUUACGAUGUGAUCUGCCUCCAAAGAGCCAAGCUCUCAAUGUCAGGCUGUACCUUCCCCUGCCACGAGGGGUCAUCAGCUUAUCUCAGGAGCUGAGCAGCCCAGAUCAGAAGGCAGAGCUGGGGGAAGGAGCCCUUCGCUGGGACCUACCUCGGGUACAAGGAGGCUCUCAGCUGUCAGGCCUUUUCCAGAUGGAUGUCCCAGGCCUCUCUGGCCCUCCUAGCCAUGGGCCCUCCACCUCAGCCCCUCCACUAGGGCUGGGCCCUGCAAGCCUCUCCUUUGAACUUCCUCGGCACACGUGCUCUGGCCUCCAGGUUCGCUUCCUCAGGCUUGCGUUCAGACCCUGCGGCAACACCAACCCCCACAAGUGGGUGCGACACCUAAGCCACAGCGAUGCCUAUGUCAUUCGGAUCUGACUGUCCUUGAAUGAGGAC